GUUGUUUUGUUGUUGUUAAUCUGCAGCGAAACUGCUCCUAAAAUAUCAAAAAUUUGUCUCUUCGUUAGUUUAUGGGAAAUAUUUGCUUCAAAAUUUCAAGAAAUAUGGCUUCCAACAUUCCAUCCUGCGUGCACAAUGCUACGUCCAAGCACACCGCAUCCGUCAUUUUUCUUCAUGGUCUUGGGGACACAGGACAUGGAUGGUUGCAGGCAUUCAAAUUAAUAGCACAACCUCACAUCAAAUAUAUCUGCCCAACAGCUCACUCAAUCCCUGUAACCCUAAACUGCGGCAUGUCUAUGCCAUCAUGGUUUGAUAUAAAGAGCUUGUCAGCUGAUGCAGCUGAAGAUGAGGCUGGCAUCAAUUCUGCAGCUGAUCUAGUUCAAAGUCACAUAGCAGCAGAAGAGGCACUGGGAAUUCCAAGGAGUCGAAUCAUAAUUGGCGGGUUUUCCCAGGGUGGAGCUGUUGCUUUGUAUUCAGCAUUUGCACGGGCCCAACAAAACUUAGGAGGGGUGCUGGCCCUAAGUACCUGGCUGCCAAUGCAUAGGAGUUUUCCUGCUGUAUUGAAGGCCAAUCAGAGUGUGCCAAUACUUCAGUGCCACGGCACGGACGACACCCUCAUCCCAUUCGUCAUGGGUAAGAUGACCAGCGAGAUUGUCAAGCAGUUUGACGGUAAUGUUCAGUUCAAGAUGUACAAUGGUCUCGGUCAUUCUUCAUGCGAUGAGGAAAUGAAGGAUGUCAAAUUGUUCAUAUCCGAACACCUGCCUCCUAUCUAAUCCACAGUAGGCCAGCCCAGCAACUCAGCAGAUGGAUAAAUGGGGAUAGUGAUGAAAAAGAAGAAGGAGAAGAUGCUGAUGACGAUGGCGGAAGUUGAUGAUGAUGUCCGUGUGUUUAUGACAUUCACUCACAUACUCACAACAUAAUAUUUUAUUAUUUUUAUUAAAAAAUUAUUAAUUUUAUUAUUGUUGUUUUCAAUUAUUAAUACUAAUAAUAGUGUUUUGUGAUUAUUCAUCUAAUUAAUUUUCGUUAUAAUUAAACUCAUUGUUUUAUUUUUUUUUUAUUAUAAACAUUUUUUUUAAACGUUUUGUUGUUGUUGUUGUUGUUGUUGUUGUUGUAGUAAUUAUGUUUGUUAUUAGUAACGCCACUAUGGUUGCGAAUUUAUUAGUUGUUGAUUUUUGGUUUUUGUCGUUAUUG